AUGUUCAGAAAGAAGCCGGCUCAAGUUACGUUGGAAGAACUUGAACAAACAUAUAACGAUUGUUGUAACGAGACGAUUAAGAAUUUGACGUUAGAAGAGGAAAACAAUGUUGACGAUGCAUUAAAAGGAUGGAAGAGUCUACAUACGACUUUGUUAUACAAGUUGGAUCUAUUCGAUAAAUACAGCACCAAGUUGGAGCCCCAGGAGAAAACUUUAUUAAAUAGUCUAAAGAGUAUACGUGACGAGAAUGUCAAACAUUUGAUAAGAGUUCAGCUUAGGUUAGAUGAAAAGAAUCGAAAAUUGAAACGGGAAGCAAAUGGUGCACCACCACCUCCUCCUCCAAGAGGCAUCAGAGACAAAACGGUGCCAUCGUUGAGGGUAAGUCUGCCUUCCAGUUCUUUUGGAAGUUCAGCACCACCACUGAGACAUUUGAUGAAAUCAUUACGUACACAUUCAAAUGGAGGAGCAAUUAAGACAUCAAGUACGAGACUAGCACAUGAAUCUGUUCAACAAGCCUCUCAAGCAGCAUCAAAAUCUUGGCAGAAGCCAGCUAAAUACAAGUUUGAAAUGUCAAAUACACCAAAGGUUGAAGUCUCGAGCUACUUUGCUGAUUUCGAUCAAGAUACAUACACUACAAAGGGUGAUAAUUGGGAGAAAGUUGACUCAUCGAGAUCGUCGUCAGGAUUUUCGGAAAAUUUUGAUGAACCUAAUUUAAUAGAUAUGGAUGAUGCAGCAGCAUCAAAAGAUGUAUACCGAUCUAUGGAUGAUUUGACAAUCAAGAUGGUUUCAGAUAGUCCUCCAAAAGCGACACAACCAAGAAAUGACAAAGGUAUGACUCCCAUUGAGCAUAUUUCAAAGAGCACUACCGAUGUGCGCCCAAAACCUAAGGGACCAUAUGUUUACAAUAAACCCAAGCCAUUAAACUUGCACAAGUUAAUGCAGCAGCUGAAGAAACCUACGCCUGCCUCUACUCCUGCAACAAAGCCAAAAUCGACAAUUACAUACAAUUACGUCAAACCUAAAACUACGCAAGUAAAAACUCGACCAGCAACCGAUGGAGCCGCCAAUGGCGCAGCAAAGAAACCUGUACCUAAGAAGCAAGAACCGGAAGAAGAGAAGGAGUCAAUAAAUAGUCCAACAAUGGAUGAUUUACUAAGCGGUUAUGACGGGGACAAAUUUGAAUCAGCAGAUCCAGUAUAUGCAUUAACGACAGAGAAGGAGCAAGACGCUUUGAUUGGAUCCGUUCGUGGAAUCGAUCCUAUAGCAGCCAAAAAUAUUUUAAAUGAUGUUGUCGUACGUGGUGAUGAAGUUUAUUGGGAUGAUAUAGUUGGGUUGGAAGGUGCAAAAAGUUCCUUGAAGGAGGCUGUAGUGUAUCCAUUCUUGCGGCCUGAUUUGUUUAAAGGCUUAAGAGAACCAACGAGGGGUAUGUUGCUUUUUGGCCCUCCGGGAACAGGAAAAACAAUGUUGGCCAGAGCCGUUGCAACGGAAUCACAGUCUACCUUUUUCAGUAUCAGCUCGUCAUCAUUAACAUCAAAGUAUUUAGGAGAGUCUGAGAAGUUAGUCAAGGCAUUGUUUCUAUUGGCAAGGAAGUUGGCGCCCUCAAUAGUUUUUAUGGAUGAGAUUGAUUCCAUCUUAUCUUCGAGAUCAGAAGGAGAAAAUGAAAGUACAAGACGUAUCAAGAAUGAAUUUCUUGUUCAAUGGUCAGAACUUUCGAGUGCUGCAGCUGGUCGUGAAUCUGGUGAGGAUGUGUCACGAGUCCUUAUUCUUGGAGCCACCAAUUUACCAUGGUCCAUUGAUGAAGCAGCAAGGAGAAGAUUUGUACGUCGACAAUAUAUCCCCUUACCCGAAUCCGAAGCUAGAAAACAUCAAAUCAUGAAGUUAUUGCAGUAUCAAAAGCACACAUUAUCUGACGAAGAUUAUGACAAGUUGAUCAAGUUGACUGAAGGGUUCAGUGGUAGUGACAUAACAGCAUUGGCAAAAGAUUCCGCCAUGGGUCCAUUAAGAUCGCUAGGUGACAAGUUGUUGCUGACUCCCACCGACCAAAUUAGACCUAUCAGUUUGGAAGAUUUCGAAAACAGUUUGAAGUAUAUUAGACCAAGCGUAUCAAAAGAAGGACUUCAAGAAUAUGAAGAUUGGGCGGAAAAAUUUGGAUCCAGUGGCGCAUAA